AUGCCGGCAGUUACAACCAGAGGAAGCACAACGCAUUGCAUUACUCGACCUCUACCUGUAUCAACCAGAACCGGCUACUAUCUGUAUAGAGUGUGGCUUCGCCUUAAAGGCCGAUGGCGACCGUGUGUCUCGGCACCUCGGGGAGAAGCAUGGCCUUUCGAGGAAGACGAGAUGGGGCCUAACAAGCUGAUCAACUCGCUACAGCUCCCAGGUCCUCGCCAGCUGCCGCCUAGGCAAGGCGGUUGUCUGCAGCACCCGCACUUGGCCUUGCAGAGAGCUGCUGCAUGCUCCUACUACCGUUUCCGCUCCACAAGCUAUGAUCUCUUAUCUCGACACCUAAAGAAGGAGCACCGCCGCGAGGUCAUGGCAAGGAGGUCAUCCGGGUACUGGCUGCGAGACCACAUUCAGGACGGGCUGCGAGAUCACAUUCAGGACAAUAUCCUCUUUCAGAGCUGGCUUCCCGGUGACAUCCUUGCCGCCUGGCGCGUGUCCGCCUCUGCCGUAGAAAAGCCUACCCUGGCUCUCCUGGCUGUGAAGGACGCCGAGUUAGACAGGCAAGCCGAAGCCAUCUGUGCCGCCGAGCUACAGCGCCUCACCAGUGCGUCAUUGUCUUCGCCGCUCCAGCCAUCUGCACGACCCAGCGCUCGUACGGCCAGGGAGCCGCUGUCGCCCAUCCUCGUGAGCAACUGGAUGUGCCGGACGGGAUGGGAGGCUCUCUUCGCGAAUGCAAACCGGCGUCUCCUUAUUGCGAUACGGUGCCACGCAAGCUCGUCCAUCCUGGUUAUCCCUUAUAGAUUCGGCUGGGUUCCCAGUUCCUUCACGAACAUUCCCACCAGGCCUUUUCAUUUAGCGUAG